AUGGCAAAACCCUCGUUGAAAACUGGAGAAAAAGAAAGGGGAGAAGAAAAGGAACAGGGAAAUCCAAAAAGCAGUUCAAAGGAACAAAAACAAACCCCAGAAAACGAAAAAGAAAUAAAUCAAAAUGUACUUCAUUUCUUUCUUUCCAGACAAUUCUGGAAAGAUGAAGAAAACGCAACUAAGACCAUGGAAGAACUCUUCGCAAGAACUAACUUCUACGCUUACUCCGUCUUCAACUACCUCCAGGCAACUAGGAAUAACCUGGAGAAAAAAGAGAGUUCAGUAACGGAGCUGCUGCAAGAAGUGAUGGAACAGUUCCAAACUGCAGAGACGGAGGCGAAGGCUCUUUCUGAGGAGCACAAGAUGCAAAUUGAGAAAUCUGUAAUUUGA